UUGGCAUCCGCCUAAAAUGGGGUGAUCGCGAGCGAUGGUAUCGAAUUGCUGGUAUAAAAAGCAUCAGAGCGCCCCGCCGCCGGUCAGAACGGCUUCAAACGAAGGCUCCAGGGCUGUGUUCUCGUGUCUCGACUAGCCCAAAAGUCUCGUUAGCCCUCCGAAAUGCCGAAGCCUGUGGUCCAAGAGGGAGACGAUCCCGAUCCGACCCCAUACCUGUUCGUUUCUCUUGAGCAGAAGCGUAUCGAUCAGAGCAAGCCCUACGAUGGCAAGAAGGCAUGUUGGGUGCCAGACGAAAAGGAGGGCUUCGUGCAGGGCGAGAUUAAGGCCACCAAGGGUGAUCUGGUGACCGUCAACCUUCCAGGAGGCGAGGAGAAGACAUUAAAAAAGGAACUCCUCUCACAAGUAAACCCGCCGAAAUUCGAGAAAGUCGAAGACAUGGCUGAUCUCACGUACUUAAACGAUGCGGCUGUGCUCCAUAAUCUUCGACAGCGAUACUAUGCGAAACUCAUUUAUACGUACUCGGGUCUCUUCUGCGUCGCCAUCAAUCCCUACAAGAGGUUCCCCGUGUACACCACACGAUGCGCCAGGCUGUACCGUGGCAAGCGUCGUUCGGAAGUGCCCCCCCAUAUCUUCGCCAUUUCCGAUGGUGCUUACGUAAACAUGUUGACCAACCACGAGAAUCAAUCUAUGUUGAUUACCGGUGAGUCUGGUGCUGGUAAGACUGAGAACACGAAGAAGGUAAUUGCGUACUUCGCCACCGUCGGUGCGUCGCAGAAGAAGGAUGCCAGCCAGGAGAAGAAGGGAUCCUUGGAAGAUCAAGUCGUCCAGACUAACCCUGUCCUUGAAGCCUUUGGUAACGCCAAGACCACCCGUAACGACAACUCUUCCCGUUUCGGUAAAUUCAUUCGUAUUCACUUCGGUAACUCCGGCAAAUUGGCUGGUGCCGACAUUGAAACCUACCUGCUCGAGAAGGCUCGUGUAAUCUCCCAACAAGCUCUUGAGCGUUCCUACCACAUCUUCUACCAAAUGAUGUCCGGCUCUGUACCUGGACUUAAGGAGAUGUGUCAGCUGUCAAACGACAUAUAUGACUAUGUCAUCGUAUCACAAGGAAAAACUACCAUCCCCAACGUAGACGAUGGCGAGGAAUGUACUUUGACCGACCAAGCCUUCGACAUUCUGGGUUUCACCCAAGAGGAAAAGGACAACGUUUACAAGAUCACCGCCGCUGUCAUGCACAUGGGUGGUAUGAAGUUCAAGCAGAGGGGUCGCGAGGAACAGGCUGAAGCUGACGGUACUGAGGAUGGUGAGAGGGUUGCCAAACUUCUCGGUGUCGACUGUCAGGACUUGUACAUGAACUUGUUGAAACCCAAGAUCAAGGUCGGUAACGAGUUCGUCACCCAGGGUCGUAACAAGGACCAGGUGUUCAACUCCGUCGGUGCCCUUUGCAAGGGUGUGUUCGAUCGUCUCUUCAAAUGGCUGGUCAAGAAAUGUAACGAGACCCUAGAUACCAAGCAGAAGAGGCAGCACUUCAUCGGUGUACUGGAUAUCGCCGGUUUCGAGAUCUUCGACUACAACGGUUUCGAGCAACUCUGCAUUAACUUCACCAAUGAGAAGCUGCAGCAGUUCUUUAACCACCACAUGUUCGUACUCGAACAAGAAGAGUACAAGAAAGAGGGCAUCAACUGGGCUUUCAUCGAUUUUGGAAUGGACUUGCUCGCUUGUAUCGAUCUUAUUGAGAAGCCCAUGGGUGUCUUGUCCAUCUUGGAGGAAGAGUCUAUGUUCCCCAAAGCCACCGAUAAGACCUUCGCCGACAAGUUGAACAACAACCACUUGGGCAAAUCUGCUUGCUUCGUCAAGCCCAAGCCCCCCAAGCCCGGUUGCCAGGAGGCUCACUUCGCCAUUGGCCACUACGCCGGUAAUGUCGGCUACAACAUCACUGGCUGGCUUGAAAAGAACAAGGAUCCCCUCAACGACACUGUCGUAGAUCAAUUCAAGAAGGGUCAGAACAAACUGUUGGUUGAGAUCUUUGCUGACCAUCCCGGCCAAUCUGGUGAUGCUGGCGGUGGUGGCGGUGGCAAGGGCGGUCGCGGUAAGAAGGGUGGUGGUUUCGCUACUGUCUCCUCAGCUUACAAGGAACAACUUAACAACCUGAUGACAACGCUGAGGUCCACUCAGCCUCACUUCGUGCGUUGUAUCAUCCCCAACGAGUUGAAACAGCCUGGUCUCAUUGACUCCCACUUGGUUAUGCACCAGCUGACUUGUAACGGUGUACUUGAAGGUAUCCGUAUUUGCCGUAAAGGUUUCCCCAACCGAAUGGUCUACCCUGACUUCAAGCAUCGAUACAAAAUUCUGUGCCCGAACCUGAUCAAAGAGCCAAUAACACCAGAGAAAGCCACAGAGAAAAUUCUCGAACAAACCGGCUUGGAUUCGGAGUCUUUCAGGCUUGGAAAGACCAAGGUAUUCUUCCGCGCUGGUGUCCUGGGUCAGAUGGAAGAGUUGCGUGACGACAGGUUGUCCAAAAUCGUCUCAUGGCUCCAAGCCUACAUCCGUGGUUACUUGUCCCGUAAGGAGUACAAGAAGCUACAGGAACAGAGGCUCGCUCUCCAAGUUGUACAACGCAACUUGCGCAAAUACCUGCAGCUCCGCACCUGGCCAUGGUGGAAAAUGUGGCAGAAGGUCAAGCCUCUGCUCAACGUCACCCGUGUCGAGGAUGAGAUCGCGAAAUUGGAGGAGAAGGCACAAAAAGCACAGGAAGACUUCGAGAAGGAAGAGAAACUCCGCAAGGAGCUCGAGGCCCUUAACGCCAAGCUCCUUGAGGAGAAGACCAACCUGCUGUCCAGCCUUGAGGGAGAGAAGGGCUCUCUAUCUGAGAUCCAGGAGCGUGCCGCUAAACUCCAGGCGCAGAAGUCUGAUAUCGAAUCUCAACUUAGGGACACCCAAGACCGCCUUACCCAGGAAGAGGAUGCUCGCAACCAGCUCUUCCAAGCUAAGAAGAAGCUGGAACAAGAAGUAUCUGGUCUGAAGAAGGACAUUGAAGACCUGGAAUUGGCCCUCCAAAAGACCGAGCAAGACAAGGCCACCAAGGACCACCAGAUCCGCAACUUGAACGAUGAGAUCGCCCACCAGGAUGAGCUCAUCAACAAGCUCAACAAGGAGAAGAAACACAUGCAGGAGGUCAACCAGAAGACCGCCGAAGAUCUCCAGGCCUCCGAAGACAAAGUCAACCACCUGAACAAGGUUAAGGCUAAGCUGGAGCAGACCCUUGAUGAGUUGGAGGACUCUUUGGAGCGCGAGAAGAAACUCCGUGGUGAUGUUGAGAAGCAAAGGAGGAAGGCUGAGGGUGACUUGAAGCUGACCCAGGAGGCUGUUGCCGAUCUGGAACGCAACAAGAAGGAACUGGAACAGACCAUCCAGCGCAAGGACAAGGAAAUCGCCUCUUUGAACGCCAAGUUGGAAGAUGAGCAGUCCUUGGUUGCCAAGCUCCAGAAACAGAUCAAGGAGCUCCAGUCCCGCAUUGAGGAGCUCGAGGAGGAAGUCGAAUCCGAACGUCAAGCGCGCGCUAAGGCUGAGAAGCAGCGUGCUGACCUCGCUCGCGAACUCGAGGAGCUUGGUGAGCGCCUUGAAGAGGCUGGUGGCGCCACCUCCGCUCAGAUCGAGCUCAACAAGAAGCGCGAGGCUGAGCUCAGCAAACUCCGCCGCGACCUCGAGGAGGCCAACAUCCAACACGAGUCCACUCUUGCCAAUCUCCGCAAGAAGCACAACGAUGCUGUCUCCGAGAUGGGUGAGCAACUCGACCAGCUCAACAAACUCAAGGCCAAGGCUGAGAAAGAGCGCUCUCAAUACUUUAGCGAAGUCAAUGACCUUCGUGCCGGUCUCGACCACUUGUCCAACGAAAAGGCUGCCCAGGAGAAGAUUGUCAAGCAAUUGCAACACCAACUCAAUGAAGUCCAGAGCAGGUCUGAUGAGGCCAACCGCACCCUCAAUGACCUGGAUGCCGCCAAGAAGAAGCUGUCCAUCGAGAACUCUGACCUUCUCCGCCAAUUGGAGGAGGCCGAGUCCCAGGUGUCCCAGCUUUCCAAGAUCAAGGUGUCGCUCACCACACAAUUGGAGGACACCAAGAGGCUCGCCGACGAGGAAGCCAGGGAACGCGCUACUCUUCUUGGCAAGUUCCGCAACCUGGAGCACGACUUGGACAACAUCCGCGAACAGGUCGAGGAGGAGGCCGAAGGCAAGGCUGACUUACAACGCCAAUUGUCCAAGGCCAACGCCGAAUCUCAACUGUGGCGCUCCAAGUACGAGUCCGAAGGUGUUGCUCGCUCGGAGGAACUCGAGGAAGCCAAGCGCAAGCUCCAGGCUCGCCUCGCCGAAGCCGAGGAGACCAUUGAGUCCCUCAACCAGAAGGUUGUCGCCCUCGAAAAGACCAAGCAGCGCCUCGCCACCGAGGUCGAGGAUCUGCAACUCGAGGUUGACCGUGCCACCGCUAUUGCCAACGCUGCCGAGAAGAAACAAAAGGCAUUCGACAAGAUCAUUGGAGAAUGGAAACUCAAGGUUGACGAUCUCGCCGCCGAGCUUGACGCCAGCCAGAAGGAAUGCCGCAACUAUUCCACUGAAUUGUUCCGCCUUAAGGGCGCCUAUGAGGAAGGCCAGGAACAACUCGAGGCCGUCCGCCGUGAGAACAAGAACCUUGCUGAUGAAGUCAAGGAUCUCCUUGACCAGAUCGGUGAAGGUGGCCGCAACAUCCAUGAAAUCGAGAAGGCUAGGAAGCGCCUUGAAGCUGAAAAAGACGAGCUUCAGGCCGCUCUUGAAGAGGCCGAAGCUGCCCUCGAACAAGAAGAAAACAAGGUCCUGCGUGCACAGCUCGAACUGUCUCAGGUCAGACAGGAGAUCGACAGGCGUAUUCAGGAGAAGGAGGAGGAAUUCGAGAACACACGCAAGAACCACCAGCGAGCCCUCGACUCCAUGCAGGCUUCCCUCGAAGCCGAGGCUAAGGGCAAGGCUGAGGCCCUACGCAUGAAGAAGAAGCUUGAGGCCGACAUCAAUGAGCUCGAAAUUGCUCUUGACCAUGCUAACAAGGCUAACGCCGAGGCCCAGAAGAACAUCAAGCGUUAUCAAGGCCAAAUCAAGGACUUGCAGACCGCUCUCGAAGAAGAACAACGUGCCCGUGACGAUGCCCGUGAACAACUCGGCAUCUCGGAACGCCGUGCUAAUGCCCUCCAGAAUGAGCUCGAAGAGUCGCGUACACUUCUGGAACAGGCCGACCGUGCCCGCCGCCAAGCUGAACAGGAACUCGGCGAUGCUCAUGAACAACUUAAUGAAUUAUCCGCCCAAAACGCUUCCCUUUCUGCCGCGAAGAGGAAACUUGAGUCUGAAUUACAGACCUUACAUUCUGACCUGGAUGAGCUUCUCAACGAGACCAAGAACAGCGAGGAGAAGGCCAAGAAGGCCAUGGUCGAUGCCGCCCGUCUUGCCGACGAGCUCCGUGCUGAACAGGAACAUGCUCAGACCCAGGAGAAACUGCGCAAGGCCCUUGAACAACAAAUCAAGGAAUUGCAGGUCAGACUGGAUGAGGCCGAAGCUAAUGCCCUUAAAGGAGGAAAGAAGGCUAUCCAGAAACUCGAACAGAGAGUUAGGGAGCUCGAGAAUGAGCUUGAUGGCGAACAAAGGAGACACGCCGACGCCCAAAAGAACCUGCGUAAGGCCGAGAGGCGUAUCAAGGAAUUGACCUUCCAGGCCGAGGAAGACCGCAAGAACCACGAACGCAUGCAGGACCUUGUCGACAAACUCCAACAGAAGAUCAAGACCUACAAGAGGCAGAUCGAGGAGGCAGAAGAGAUCGCCGCUCUCAACUUGGCUAAGUUCCGCAAGGCGCAACAGGAGUUGGAAGAGGCGGAAGAGAGGGCAGACCUGGCCGAACAAGCUAUCAGCAAAUUCCGUGGCAAGGGACGCGCGGGAUCCGCAGCGAGAGGAGUCAGUCCGGCGCCCCAGCGCUCGCGCCCCGCGCUCGCUGACGCCUUCGGCACCUUCCCACCUAGGUUCGACCUGGCGCCCGAAAACGAUUUCUAAACGUUCCACAAAUAAAAACGGACUGUACAGAUUUUUCGUUGAUAUUAUUGUAACCUAGUUUUUUAUACCAGUUGAAUGUGUUACGAAAGCGUGAAACGAGAAACUGUAAAAAUCAUUUUUUUUUAAAACAACAAAAAAAUAUACACUAGUGAUCUAAUCUUUUUACGAAAGGCUAUUUUAUAACUUGUUGAUAUUUAUUUAUAUUAUUUAUUACCGUGAAAUACUGUAUGUAUCGAGCGUAUGCGAGUGCGCGAGAGUGUGGCGCGCGGCGGCCGCUAGCUCCGCAGAGACACGCCCCCCACCCCCCUCACCGGCGCCCGCGCGCCCCACCCUCGCGCUGCUCCUUUGACAUCUAAUAAAGCGAUAUCGUUGUCAUAAAAUACUAAAAUA